AUGAGUAUCUCUAUAUUGCCUUCACAAUCAGUACCAACGAAAGAUUCAGCGUACACUUCCUCUGGAUCGAAUUUCAAAGUUAGAAUUGACUCAGCAAGUUUUGUAAACUAUUCUUAUCCACAUAAUCAACUAAACAGAAUGAAUCAUUUGGGAACGCUAUGCGAGAAAAACCUAGAAUGUCAGAGAUCCCAAGGUUUGCAAAACACCCAAGAUACCUCUAAAGAUCAUUUCAAAGAUAAAUCUUUAGAAUGCUCUUCAAAAUGCCCACCUUUGGCAACUUUCAGUGAAAACAAGCCUUCUUCGCCAUACUUACCGUAUUCGACGGAUAGCUCAAAUACUUCUAAUGGACAAGGGAAAUCUAGUGAAAUAGAUUCUGGAAGAAUUAGAAAUCUGUCCAGGACAGCUCGCGACCAUGACCAGAGAGAAAAUCGUGAUUAUGAAGAAAGAGGGGGUACAUAUGAAAAUGGCAGUGAAAACGAUUAUGAUUAUGAUGAAAACAGUGAUGCCAGCACUAACGAAAAUAAUAAUAAUGAUGAUAAUUAUGAUGACCCAGAAAGUGAUGAUGCUAAUGACGAUGAAGAGCACAACGAUAGCGAGGAAGAUGAGGAGAAUGAUGAAGACAACGACGAAAAAGAUGAAGAAGAAGAAGAUGAAGAAGAAGAUGAAGAUGAAGAAGAAAAGGAUGAGGAUGAGGAUGAAUACAGCUACAGAAAUGCUGCAUCUCGGAGUCCAAACAAUAUAUUUCGUCGUCACUCCAGAACAAACUUUCUUGAAGGCUCUGGAAAUGACAAUUUUGAUGAGCAAUCUCUAUUUAGUGAACUUAGUCGGCUUCAAAGAAGUGGCCGCUUUCGUCGCUUGGCCUCAAGUGUACUUUCGUCUGGUAAUUUGGAUAACCCAGAAGAUGAGCUUGGUGCCAGUGCAUUUUCCUUCAGUCCCCUUCGUUCUUCCGUCUUUGCUCCUUCUGGUCAAUUUUCACGUUUGCUGAGGGGAAUUAAAGAUUUUAGCGAUCCUACUAUUCAGUUACUUUCUCUUCAAGAAUUGUCUGAAACGCUUGCAAUGAGCACGGAGGAUAUGCUAAUAGGAGUCUUCUCCCCUGAUGCUUUUAUUUCUGCUUUUUCAGAUAUUCUUUCCUCUGAAAUUUUAGUUGGAGAAACUGCCAUACAACUAAUGUUAUCCUGUGCCACUUGCAUAUCUAACAUGAUGGAGGCCCUUCCUAUUUCAAUGGCCAAAGUUGCCCACAGUCCCAUCGUUCGCAUUCUAUGUGAAAGAAUGUUUGACAUGCAAUAUAUAGAUAUAGCUGAACAAGCUCUUGGAAUUUUUGAAAAAUUAUCUGCUGACUUUGGUAAUUGUAUCCUGGAACAUCGCGGUAUGUUAGCUGCUCUGCAGUAUUUUGAUUUCUUUUAUACCAACGUCCAGAGAACAGCCAUUUCACUUGCUGCCAACUGCUGUAAAUAUAUUGACGAGUAUAAUGCCGAUUUUGCUGAAGAAAUAAUCCCUUUAUUAUCCAAUACGUUACAAUCUUCUGAUUCAGUUGUUGUAAUGAAGGGCUUUGAGUGUUUAGAAAGUAUCAUCGAUUCAUUGAAACUUUCUCCGAAUAUCAUUAAGUCACUUAUAAGCGAAGACUUGAUUAUCACUGUCAUAAAAGCUUUGACUACAAGCACUACGCAAAAGAAGGCUACUGAUCUUCAAAUUCAGCUCUUUCACAUAAUAUCGUCACUAUGUAAAUCUUCUACCUCCUUUAUAUUACCGGUCUUAAAUUACGGGCUUCCAGAAAUAAUGUAUGAACUAUUGUGUGGGCUUCCGCCUCCAGAGACCUCUCAUCAUUCUAGUAUGGUAGCUAUGCAGAGCCUCUAUCACUGCCCUAACAACCUUAUAACUGCUUUAUUGCGAACGAUAAUAUCUUUUUUACCUAAAACGCCGUUUGCUGGCCAAGAAGAUCUAGUAGCACGACUUCAUCGAAUGGAUUGUAUACUACUACCAAUUGUACUUGACAUCUAUUCCACCGUCCCUACUCACGAAGUGAAGUUGUUGGCUGUAUCUACUGCGCUUAUGAUGUUAAGGUCAAUUGAUGGUGAAGAUCUUAGGGACUUAGUUCGCAAUCUACCUUUGUCAUCCUUCAUUGCAUCCAUAUUAAGUGCUAGAAAGGCAGACAAUUAUUCGAAGCAAAAUGCUCUGGAAAUGGCGAUUUACCUUCUUGAAGCUUUACCUGAUGUUUAUCACUCCUUAUUUAUAAGAGAAGGUGUCGUACAAGAAAUCGGGUUCAUUAGCCGUUCUAUAAAUUCGGAAUUGAAGAAGUUAAAGCUCAGUAUCUCAUUCUCUCAAUCUAAGUCAACUCACCGUCAUGAAGAGCUAAAGAAGCUUUCUUCAAUUAAGGCUUUAGCAAAAAGUUUCCUGGGAAAUUAUGAGGUCGAAAACUUAGAAAACCCAGUACUUCAUGAUUUGAUUGGCCUUUCCAAACGACUAGCUAGUUAUGUUCAUGUUGAAAGCUCCUGUAAAGAACUUGCAGUAGUCUUCCAGAAAACGUCCAACAUUACUAGCUUUGAGUUGUUACAUUCGGGAUUAAUACAUAAUUUGCUAUCGUCUAUGCGAACACCUAAUAGUAAAGCAUUAAGAGAAGGUGACUCAUUUCAGGAGUCAGGGGACUCGACGAGACAUGAGUCUCUUGAAAAUCCAGUGGAUAUAUCUCAGAAUGAAGAUACUCCUGCUGGUGAGGGUUCAGUGAAUGAGGUUGAGUCUUCUGCACCCAACGAGCUGGACUUAAGACAUUUUGCUUUUUGCCUUGGUAAAAAGCUUUUACCACCAGAAACUACUAUUUUUAAGGCAUUGUUUGAUUUCAUUGAAAGGUCUGAUGAACAUACCAUUGAUGAUAUCUGGAAAACAACAAUUCCCUUGUAUUAUGGAGAACCUUCUUCUUAUAACGAAGAUAAUGAUACUCAGCUUUCCGCUGACGGGUCGGAAGAUAUUCCUGACAAUAUUAAAGAAAUAUUAGAAACGUUGCGUGUAUUAUAUUAUGGCGUUCGUGAUUUACAAACUAUAUUUCCCGAAAAGCAUAUUCGAGGAAAUCUCGAAAACGUACUUAUGGACUUCAGUAAUUGGAAGUUAAGUGCGAAGCUAAACCGUCAAUUAGAGGAACAGUCUAUAAUUGUGCAUGGCUGUACACCUUCAUGGUGUAUAUCGUUAACUUCCGAAUAUCCAUUUUUAAUACCGUUUGAGUCACGCUAUCAACUUCUUCAAUCAACAGCGCUUGGCUUGCCAAGGUCGGUGUCGUUUAUUUUAUCAAGGAAUUCCACUUUGCCCAAAAAUGAAGGCUCUUCUAUCCUUCAAUAUGUGAGUUUACGUCGUCAAAAAAUAAGAAUACCAAGGAAAAAUUUAUUUAAUUAUGCUUUGCAAGUUCUAUCCAGCUAUGGGUCUUCAGAUAAGGUAUUGGAAAUAGAGUACGAAGACGAAGUUGGUUCUGGACUAGGUCCGACAUUAGAAUUUUAUACAACUGUUUCUAAAGAGUUUACAAAUACUUCGUUGGACAUCUGGAGAAAUGAACAAGCUGGUUCUCAAUAUGUUUUUCAUGCAUCUGGUUUAUUCCCUUCACCGAUAUCGACGGCAGAAGAAAAUGAAGAAAAUAAAAGAAAGCUCUCACUGUUUUCUGCGUUGGGGAAAUUUGUUGCGCGUUCAAUUUAUGAUUCGAGAAUUAUCAGUUUGCAAUUCAAUCCUUUGUUAUUUACUAGGACUAUUCCAUUAACUAUUUCAUCUGUUGCAAAGGUAGAUAAGGGUUUGGCUAAUUCACUCCGUUAUUUACAAUCGCUUAAUUCCGAGGUUGGAAACCCUGGCUUUGACAUUGAUAUAGAGAGCUUGGGCCUUGAUUUUACACUCCCAGGGUAUUCCUCCAUAGAGCUAAUUCCUAAUGGAAGUAAUAUUUCGGUCAACAAAAUCAACUUGGAAGAUUACAUCAAGUGCAUUAUUGACUUUACCGUUGGAAAGGGCAUUAGAAGACAGCUAGAAAGCUUUCAAGAAGGAUUUUCAAGCGUUUUUGCUUACUCUUCUCUUCAAGUUUUAACAGAGUAUGAGCUUUCAUCGCUUUUUGGAACAAUUGAUGAAGAUUGGAGUUAUGAAACGCUUAUUAAAUCCGUUGUUGCUGAUCACGGAUAUACUAUCGACAGUCCACCUAUUCAGAGACUUUUACAAUUGAUGAGUAGUAUGAACUUCCGGGAACAAAGGGAUUUCCUUCAAUUUAUUACUGGCAGCCGAAAGUUACCAAUAGGUGGUUUUGCUGGUAUGAAUCCACCAUUUACGAUAGUGAGACGUUUGAAUGAACCACCCUAUAGACCCGAUGACUAUUUACCAACUGUUAUGACUUGUGUUAAUUAUUUGAAAUUGCCUGAAUACUCUUCCGUUGAAGUUUUGGCUAAUCGUCUAUCUAAAGCCAUUCUGGAGGGUCAAGGUAGUUUUCAUUUGUCUUAA